AUGACAGCAGCGAUCGUGACACACACGGCGGCGGCGGCGGCGAACAUCCAAAAGAAGCCCAAGAAUAAUGACCUUACCUCUUCUUCCAUCCUCCACACCAGACUCCACAGCACGCCCCCCAAAAUCAUCUCCGCACGGGGAAACUACCUCACGACAGCCGAGGGCACGGAGGUUUUCGACGCCACGGGCGGCGCGGCCGUCGCGUGCAUCGGGCACAACAACGCGCGCGUGAAGCGGGCGAUAGCGGAGCAACUGGAAACGGUAGGAUACUGCUAUUCGCCCUUCUUCACGACCGACGCCUCCGAGCGACUGGCGAGGUACCUGACGAAUUCCACGAACGGGGAGAUGGCCCGGGUGUUCAUCGUUUCCUCGGGAACGGAAGCGGUCGAGGCGGCGCUGAAAUUGGCGCGGCAGUAUUUUGUGGAAAGCGAAGGGGCCGGGACGGGGAGGUGUCAUUUCAUCGCGAGAGAGCAGAGUUAUCAUGGGAAUACGCUGGGGAGUCUCGGGGUGGGGAGUCAUAAGGGGCGGAAGGCGAUUUAUCUGCCCCUGCUGGCGGGGAAUUUCAGUCAUGUUAGUCCUUGCUAUCCCUAUCGGGGGAUGCUGAAGGGGGAGAGCGAGGAGAUGUAUGUGGCCAAGUUGAAGGCGGAAUUGGAAGCGGAGUUUGUGCGAGUGGGACCGGAGAAGGUGUGUGGGUUCGUGGCGGAGACGAUGAGUGGAGUGGUGAGUGAAGGUGCUGAUUUUCUACGAUUUGGAGGUUGGGAGCUGAUGUUGUCAACAGACUUUGGGCGCUGUUCCUCCUGUGACAGGAUAUUUGAAAGCCAUGAAAGAGGUGUGCGAUAAGUACGGUGCACUCUUCAUCUUGGACGAGGUCAUGUCGGGAAUUGGCAGGACUGGGACGUUGCAUGCGUGGGAGCAAGAGGAUGUCGUGCCUCAUCUCCAGACGGUAGCCAAGGGUCUCGGAGCGGGAUAUGAGCCUAUAGGAGCGCUGCUGGUGCACAAGACUGUGGUGGAUGCUCUGUCGAGGGGCAGUCAAGGCUUCAUGCAUAGCCAGACAUAUCAGGGCCAUCCAGUGGCUUGCGCUGCGGCUUACGAAGUACAGCAGAUUGUGAGAGAGGAGGAUCUGCUUGCCAACGUGCAGGAGCUAGGCCCCUAUCUAGGUGAUUCGUUACGCAAGCGACUUGGCGAACACCAGCAUGUGGGCGACAUCCGGGGCAGAGGAUUCAUGUGGGGCGUACGUUGUAUGUUCUGUCCCUGGGGGUACACAUCUGCUGACGUCCGGUGUAGAUUGAACUCGUGGAGGACAGAAGAUGCAAGAAGCCGUUCCCGGUGGAGAGGAAGGUGGCGGGCACAUUGCACGCGACUGGCCUGUCAGCUGAGUUUGGUAUUUCUUUGUUGCCCGGUGGCGGGUUGGCUGAUGGGACGAAUGGUGACCUGAUCAUGUUGGCUCCGGCGUACAACAUCACCAAGGCAGAUGUCGACCUGAUUGUAGAGAGGACUGCGAAGGUUGUCGAGCAUGUAUUGGGCCGAGAGUAA